AUGGAUAUCACGGCUGUCACCUUUCCCGAUUGCCUAUCCUCCAUACUGAACGACAUCUCCACCAGCUGCUUCGUGUCCGUAGACUUCGAGCUGUCUGGGGUGGCUUUCAAAUCCAGUACACCAAAGUCCCGGCCCCAGACUGUGCAGGAACGAUAUGUGGAAGCCAAAUUGGCUGCAGAGCGGUAUCAGAUUCUUCAAGUUGGGCUGACAACUUGUCAUGAAGAUAAGGAAAAAGCCACCUACACCCUGAAACCGUACAACAUAAAUCUGAGUCCAAUCACCCAGCGUGAGAUGGAUUUGAAUCGGGACUGGACAUUCGGAAGCCGCUCAAUGGAAUUCUUGCUUGCUAACCACUUCAGCAUUGACCACAUGUGCACCUUCGGUGUUCGAUACCUAUCUCGAGAGGAAGAACAAUUGGCAAUCAGAAGAGCUGCAGAGAAAUGCCAACGGAACCCUGUCCAAGUUGUGGAUAUUAAGAAAGACGAUCAUGAAUCUCUGGAGUUCCUUGAGGCCGUUCGGAUCAGUGUCAAUGAGUGGCUGGCACAGGGCGAGAAACGCCGCGAGUGGCUCAACAUCCCGCCACCCAGCAGCAUCCAGCUUGUUCCAGGACCCAUACCUACCGGGCUGACUAGCAUGCAGAAAUGGCUGAUACACCACCUUAUCAGCGACGAAUACCCCAACUUAACGUCGCGGGGUGCAUCAACGUUCGUCCAGAUCGAAUUGCGGGACCCAUGCAAUGAGCAGUCUACCUUGGAGGCGAAAUUGAAGGUCAAAAAGGAACGAAUCCGGAAGCAUAUCGGGUUCCGCUGGAUCGCAGAAGCGCUUGUGGGUGGAAGCCUGGACGAACUUGAAGCAGACGCUUUCCAUCCUCUGAUGAAGGUCAUCGAGCAGCCGACUUUCGGAAUCCAGCAGUUGUCAGACAAAGUGAAGAGUCGGCUCAAAGAGAACAGACCGAUUCUAGUCGGCCACAACAUGUUCUGCGAUCUGCUCUUCUUCCACGCAUGCUUCUUAGGUCCGUUGCCGAAUACCCUCGCCGAGUUCCAGACCGCCAUCCACGAGCUAUUCCCCGUGCUCGCGGAUACCAAGUACAUGGCCACUCACGACUGCGGCUCUCUAAACCCUAUGUCUUCGCUUGAAGAUCUCAACACGACUUUAGCUGGAAUAGAAAGCCCCAAGAUAGAGAUCGACCCUCGCUUUGCGAAGUACAAGUUCCGUAAGAGUACCCAUGAGGCAGGAUACGAUAGCAUGCUUGCCGCCAUGGCCUUCAUCAAACUGGCAGGCAAUAUACAACGCAUCAAACGCCGGCCAACGACCACAGCACCCAGUUUGGUUGCCGGUAUCAUGGCACAGCCUAGCAACAACCAGGCUGUUACCAAGAAGGAAUUCAACAACUUCUUUGAUGUUGACACCGAGACAAUCCCAUUGAUUCAAGCAGCCCAGAUCGCUCAAGCUGGUACAUCCCUAGCCGACACUGGUUCCGGGCGUAUCACUCGUCUGGUCGAUCAGGGCAAAUUACUCCCGCGCCUCGGAGAUGCCUUCUGGGAUACCUACGGCAACAUACUGCGGGUGUUCGGUACACAGGAGAGGAUGGUGCAACUAGGAAGAGAGGUGCCAAAACAGGAAGAGCUGCUGGUGGAGAUUUGA